CCAGCGAGAAAGAGCGCCUGCUGCAGUCACAGUCACGAGUCUUUACUUGGCCGGGGUGAAGCCAUCCUGUUCGUGAUCGACACCUACCUUCUCUGCUCCAGGCAUCCACCGCUCACAUAACCUUGACGCUGCUGUACUUACAUCAACAAGCAGUCAUUGUGUCGUCGCAACUCCCCCGCCUUGUAGUAACUGGUCCACUCCACCCGCACCAUGGUAUCGGCAGCUGAACUUCGAGCUCUGCAUGCUCAGCAGCAGCAGGCAGCAACUCCUGGUUCAAUCGUCGACUCUUCGAACACGGCAAACGGAAAUACGGCUCAUCUCAAUGGAAAUACCAAUUCGCAUGGGUCUGCAUCUGCGGGUGGCGCCCCCGCACACUCAGGACAGCCUUCUGGCGCAAGCACCAAUCUGACUCAGGACCCCUUUCCUUCCCUCUCGGAAGAUCCAUUCCCUGCACCCAAGACCGCGGCCUCUGCUGCCGCUCCUAGCAAGCCUCACCCUAUGCAACCAUCGGCACAGUCGCAGCCAGACUUCGACUCUCAGGCUGCUUUCCCAUCGCUCGGAGGAGCACCCGCCGCAGCCAAAGGCCAAUGGGGCGCACGCCUGCCAAUGUCGGCUGCUGCCGGUGCUUCGCCUGGCCGCAGUGUGCCGGCCGUCUCUCGCCCAAAGGCUCAGGAAAGCUUCGUUGUGCCCACUCCCGCUGAUAAUGCCAAGCUGGGUCACACGAUGACGCGCAUCCAAUCCAAGUACAAGAGCAUCAAGAUCGAAGCCAGCUCCACCCGCAAGACCGGCACCACCACUUUCGUCAUCAAGGGCAACAACGAAAAGGAGGUCAAAGCGGCUCGCAAAGAGCUCACUGUAGGGCUCGCGAAGAACGUCUCUCUUACGGUACUGAUCCCAUCGUCUCUACGAGCUUUCGUCAUUGGGGCUAAAGGCAAGAAUCUCAAGUCAAUCACGGACUCUACUGGCGUGCGCAUCAAUAUUCCAAAAGCGGAGGAAGGUGAUCCUGGCGCUGCUGCUCACGCCCCGAGUGCUGCCGCCAAUGGCGAGAUCGACUACGACGCAGAGCCACAAAUCACAGUGACGAUCGAUGGAGACGAGAUCAAUGCGCGCUCUGCGGUCAAGCAAAUCCAAGCGCUCGUCGCUGAACGUACAAGCCGCACGACGCAGCGUCUCUCGAACAUCGACCACAUCCUGUAUCCCUUCAUUGCAGGUGCUCGCAACGCCAACGCCCAGCGCCUCGAGAGCGAGGUGGGCCAGGGCGAUGUCAGCAUCCGCGUACCUCCAAGGGCAGCUUUUCUGGCACCCAAUGAUCGGGAAGAGGAGGAAGCGGAACAGGACGCAGGCAAGCCAGCUCGUGUGCGCGACCUCAACAUUGUCGUGACCGGCGAUCGUGACCUAGUAGCUCGCGUCGUCGCAACAAUUGAAUCUCAAGUGGACGAGAUGAAGCGUUCAUUCCGAACUUUGCAAAUCAGCAUCCCCAAACGUCAGCACCGCUUGCUGGUCGGCGAUGCAGCACAAGAUAUUCUCGCUUCUACAGGCUGCAGUGUGGAGCUGGCGCCCAUCGAUGAUCCCUCAGACAGCGUCACUAUCCGCGGACCUCAGACGAAGCUGGCCCUCGCGCUGACGGCUGCGAUGGAAAAGGCGAACGCUGUUCGCGUCGAGGUAGUCGACCUCACCAGCUACCAUCGAGGGCAAUCAGGAAGCGGAGUCGAGCACGCCAAGCUCAUCCUUCGUUGGCUGCAGACAAAGGGCAAGCUGCCUCGCACUGCUGGUGCGCAGGUUUAUACCCCUAGACCCGCCAUCAUCGAGAGCUCUGGCUCAGUGCAGCUCGAAAUCGUCGGCUCAGAUGGCGAAGCUGUAAAUGCCGCAAGAGCAAGCAUUGACGAGAGUGCAAAGCUUCUCAGCCCCGCGUCCGUUCGAGCGAUUGAUAUUGACCCUCUCUUGCAUCGCUUCAUCAUUGGCAAGAACGGCAGUGGACUCGCCACGUACUCAAAGAGGGGUGUCGAUGUGCUCUUCCCACCAGCGCCGACUGGUGAUCAAGCAGGCGAAGGGCGCUCAGAUGUCGCACUUGUCGUCCAUGGAUCCUUGGGCGCGGUAGACAAGAAGGGCAGAGAUGCGGAAGUGAAGGCUUUGCUCGAUGUCGUCGAGCAGGAGCUCUCAAAAGCUGCCGGUCUUGCUGCGGAUCUUAAAUCCGAGGUGAUCACUGUCCCGCAGAAACAUCAUCGAUCGCUUGUGGGUCCCAACGGCACCACCUUGAACGCAAUCAUCGGCGAGGAACGACUCGUCACUGUCAAGCUAGGCCAGGCCUUGUCCGCUACUGGAAGUCUGACCCCCUCUGAAGACUCCAUCACGGUACGCGGGCCAACCAGCGAGGUGGCGCGCGUCGUAGCAGAGCUCAAGCGCGUGGCCAAGGACGCCGUCGACGACGCUAUCGUCAAUGGCCACGUGGAAGAAUUGAGCGUGGACGCCACGCACGUUCCUCAUCUGGUUGGCAAGGGAGGAGCGGCUGUGACCAAGCUGCGUGAAGAGCUGGGCGUGCGCGUAGAUUUCGAUGGCGCGGCCAAGGCAGAUGAUGCGGCUACUUCCAAGCGCCCUGUCAAAAACACCAAGGCAAAAGUCACCAUCACUGGUCGCAAGGAGAACGUGCUAGAGGCAUUGAGGCGCCUCCAGGCGCAAGCUGCCCAACUUGCCGACGAGACAUCCCUGACUGUCAAAGCCCCCGCUUCCAUGCACGGUGCCAUCAUUGGUCAAGGCGGCAAGUACGUCACGCGUCUGCAAGACACGUACGGCGUCAGAAUCAACUUCCCUACAGCAGGCGAUGCAAAUGCGAAGACCGACGAGGUCACGAUUCGAGGAGGCAAGAAGGGUGCUGAGGCCGCUCGAAGCGAGCUACUGGAGUUGAUAGAGUUCGAAAAGGAGAACAACCACUCGACAAACAUCACAGUCAGCACGAAGAGCAUAGCUCGCAUCAUGGGCAAAGGAGGUUCCACGGUAAACAAGCUCCGCGACGAUACUGGCGCUCAGAUCGAUGUGGAUCGCGCUGCCGAUGAUACCACCUCAGAUGGCACGACGCUGAUCAAGAUCAGAGGCACAAAAGAUGCCGUCGCAGCUGCCAAGGGUGCCAUCCUCUCGAUCGCCAAGGAAGUCGACGCAGAGCAGACCAUCCAGCUCGACAUCCCCGCGAAGCACCAUGGACUCUUGCUCGGUGCAGGCGGCCAAAAUCUGCGCGAUCUGAUUGCUCGCGCGGCUGGCGAAGCGGCGGAUGAUCCCCGCGCCAAUGCUUCCCUUGUCCAGUUUCCCAGGCGUGGAGACAAAGCGGCCGCAGCCGACGUCGUCACGAUCCGCGGACCUGGCGAUCUUGCGCAAAAAGUCGCCAAGGAGCUCGAGAUGGCUGCCGCUGAACUCGGCUCGCGCGUAGUCUACGGCGUCGUCGUCGCUGCUGCCUCGCAGCGUUCCUUGCAAGGCGGCGUGCGCGAAGUUCAGCAGCUGCACAACGUUCGUCUUAUCCUCCCGUCCUAUCGCGAGUACGAGUCGAGCGAGGCGCCAAUCAACGAGGCUGAGCUGGCUGCCGCUGCUCAAGGUACCGUCGUCAAGCUGCAAGGCAAGGAGGCUGAUUGCAAAGCAGCUGCAAAAGACAUCUUGGAACGCUUUACCAGUCACACCAAGACCGUAGAGGUGCCGCGUAGUUUGAGCAGCAAGCUCUUCAUCCAAUUCUCGCGCUCCUUGCGCGAGGAAGGCGUCUCUGUCAACGCUCCCAAGAUCGCCUCCACUACUGCCAAUGGCGAUGGCCCUGCUCCACUCGGUGGCGCAGCACGCAUCGACAUCGACGAUGAUGUUGACAGCGGUCUCGACGAUCUUGGCUUCGAGCUCAGCGAGCUCAGCAUCGGCGAAGAAGAUUCGGCAACUGUGAGCUGGACACUCUCGGCGCGAGAUGCAGCCUCGUUGGAGACCGCUGCGGAGCGCAUUCUCAAAGCUGUGUCUGGCACCAGCGCAGAGACGCAUGAAGGUCGCUUGACGGUCGACCAGUCUGUCGUGCCCCGAUUGAUCGGCAGACAAGGUAGCGCGCUGCGCGAGCAUGAACAGGCGAGUGGUGCGAAAAUCAACAUUCCCAAGGGCUCCAACGGUCUUGUCAUCAUUCGCGGAUCCAAGGAACAGGUGCUCAGCGCCAAGGAUAGAAUCGCUCAUGUCGUCAAUGCCCCACGAGGCUACAGAGGAGACUGAGGUCACCGCUUGCUCGCAUCUUCGAACUUCCAACCCAAUGCUAUCGAUGCUAUUGCCACACUCCCGAAUUGUCACCUGAAAAAGCUCCACCCUAUAUCAGGCAAGCUUAUCGUCUACAGAGUCACGCGAAUGCAUUCCAUCUCUUGUACAUGUCACUGAAACAGAGCCUGAUCAAUGGCAGGCGACCUAUCGCGAACAAAUCCCC